UGGGGAACAAUAUAUUGGUCGGACUCGAUUGUUGCUUAUAUUUUACAGGAUAGAAACUGCCCUGGUGAGUUCUUUUUUCGAUCAUUUGAGCAGGGGGAGGGAUGAGUCUCUCCCCUGUUAUUGGCACAGAAGUGCCAGAAGCAGCUAAUGGAGUGGCAACAACUGUUUCUCUGGAGAACGACUCUCAUGUGCCGGUCUCGGUAAAAUAUGGUGGGAGCAGGUUACCUGCUAAUGGAGGAGAGUCGAUGGGCGGGUCCUCUGGACACACAGAGAACCAUGUUGAUACAGCAAACAGACUGCCCACUGAAGAAAGUAACUCUGACAAAGAGACAGAUAUUAAUCAGAGAACAUCUAGUUUAUCAUUACAUUGUUCUCAGGUGGUAGACCCCUCUACCCAUGAUGGGGCAGACAGAGGAAACUCUGAAUCCAAAGACAUUUCUAAGGCCUCUGAGACUGAAGAUGUGGUUCUCAUGUGGGGUUCAGCGCAGCAAGCAGAGCUUAAAGACCACUGUCAGCAGGGAGGUUCUGACAUUGCUGAAAGACACCAGACAGAGGAAGAGAGAGUAGAGCGAAGCCUUGGCAUUAGAGGGGAAGAGGAGGAUGGAGAGAAAGAGAAACAGGAUAUGGAAACUGAUGAGAAGAAUGAGAGCAGAUGGAGGAACACAGGAGGGAGAACAGAGGAGCUCUCGCAACACUAUUCUUCUUCAGCCCCCACUCCUAGUACCUCCUCCUCCUCCCCCCAACCUACUCAUCUCACCUCAGACGACACCCCAUGCCCUCCUCACGUCAUGGCUCAAGUCUGGGUUCGCAACAACCGUGGGAUGCAAGACAGCAAGAGCCUGGAUGAAAUCAGCCAAGCCUGUGGAGGUAGUCAAGGUGCCAGAGGUGGAGGCAGAAGUGGGCAGUCCGAGGGCCGAAGGGCCACAAUCUCUUCAGCCCUGGAACUGGAGGGGACGGUCAGCCAUGAAGGAGACCUCACCAACUUCAUCACAAAGAACCUCGAGCAGAAGAUCAAAAUGAGCUCCAAACCCAGCCUGGACUGCAGUGAUUCUGACUGUUCAGGUCCAAUCUACCGAAGCAGAGGGUUGACACGGAGACCAGCAGACAUCCCCCCUAUUGAUCCUACAGUCCUGGUGGACCUGCAGAGGCACACCCAGGAGGUGGCGCACAGUGUAGAGAUGAUGAUGAAGAGCCUCAAUGGAACCAUUCAGAAUAUGACGGCUCUGAGCGUCGGCUACAUCCAGACCUACAGAGACUCUGUUGACAGCCUGGGAGAAUCGGUAGACAUGAGCAUAAAGGGUAUGUACACACUGAUGGCCCGUUGUGAGGAGCUGGAUCGCUCCAUGCAGCCCAUACACACACUGGCGGCUCAGAUCCGUGACAUCAAACGCACCCUGGAUACCCUAGAAGCGAUCUGCAAGUAAUACUCUUCUGAACACAGCUCCAACCUGCAAAGAUUCAACCUGUAGCUCAUCCACACAUAAGGAUGCCAGCAAGCAAGCGCAGCCUUUCCGCAGGUAGCACACACACACUCCAGCGAAGAUUUCAGUGCACCUCAGGAGUCUGGACCCCAUCGCUGCUUGGCCUGCUAGAUGAUUGCCACCCAUAGCUCUCCUGUUCGCCGUUUGAAGAUGACCAGUUUUCUGUUGUGGAUUGUGUCGACUCUUGAAGAUGAGCUUCUGUUUUUUUUUGUUUUAAUUUUUUUCCUUCUCCUUAAAAUGUCUUUUUCUGUGACUUUUCUGCCCUGGAUACUUCAUAGGUCGCAUCCAUGCACAAGCCUCGAAGAAGGUGGGAUUCCCACCUUCUUCUCGGUUCCUUUUUAAAGUCCGAGGUGUGAUCCUUUUAUCCGUCCAGCCUGGUGGUUCAGAUUGCACUAACCUCUCCUCCCAGAUGGGGGCGAUAUUUCUGUCUCUGGAGAGGCAAGAAUGAACUCCUUGGAAGAUGGUGACAUUUGCACUGGAACAGAACGUCUAUUUUUUAAUCUUAUGCAACAACCAGAUUCUUUCACUGCAGUUUGAAUUAGUGCAAUGGGGGAGAGUCUUUUUGUGUUUUUAUUUAUUCAGUCUGCUCAGCAUGGGUGCUUGUUCAAAACCACUGCGUCUGUGUGUCGCAGUGAGCCAGCUCACAGUAACUUAUUCUGUUUAAUUAGCUCAAAUCUGUAACAAAGUGUUUAACUUUUUCCAAUUCUCUCCCACCACCUAAUGCGGAGAUAUCAACCGUUAAAUCAAAGGUGUGCUUCUUUGUUACCAAAAUUUCCAUCUUAUGCGAGGUGGAAUGAUGAACACGACUGGAAAAGUACGUAAAGUGAUCCUAAGACUGUGUUUGAAUAAUAAAAUGUUAAAAAGCAUCAGAUGUUUGACUUGAUUCGAUGUAUAGAUGUCGUCAACAGACUGGUUAAAUAUCAUUUUUACGUUCCAGUGUGAUUUAAUUUUGAAUUCAUGAAUCUUUUGAUGUUUCUGUUGCCUCAGGAUUUCUAAUUGAAAUAUAUAUUUCCCUGCAUCUCUCAAUGAUUAAAGUUUUUCCAAUCACCUAUAUUUGGUUAUAUGAACUAUAUUUCAACUUCACCCUUAACAGCACCUAGUUCUAAGACUAGUUUAUGACAGUUAACUUAGUUAAAUCACGGCCAUAGUUCUCGUCUUAUUAAACAUUGUAAACUUAUUCAAGAUCACAGCAUCUAACGGUUCCGUUUCAAAUGAUACACGACGAUAUGCAGUUCCUCGUUCCGUUUACAUGAGCUCUAUAAAAAGACACAUGACACUUUGUUUUCUGUCAGCAUCAAAUCAGAUUGAUUCCUUUUUUAGGUCAGAUAAGACUACAACAUUUCUGUUUCUUGCAGAGUAAAUUUGGAGGUUAAGCUUAUCUUUCUUUGCUUAAAUUCAGAAGGUUAUCUACAUUUCCUCAGUUUUUGGUAAAUUUCCCUUUAAAACUGUAUGACUGGGGCCAAACAUUGUGGCUGUUUUUCCACAAACACCUGCUAGAGUUUGCUGGUGUUUUGAGCCAUUAGUCCUGACAGGUGGAAUUGUUGUUACUCUCGUUGUAGGUCUUGUUGCCCAAACACACCAUUUCAGCACUGUCACGUAUUUUCAAUAAGGCUGAGUUCUUGGUUUUGUGAUGGGCAGUCAAGAACUUUGCCUUUGGUGUCUGUGGCUCUAUUAUUCGGGUUAAUUUUCCUUUUGGAUGACCUAUUCAUUCCCAAACUAUGACUUCCUGGGUUCCAUUAUAGGUUUUUCUUCAGUGUUUCCAUUUUCUUAAUGAGGCUAUUGCUGCUGCCUCACUUUAGAGUUGGGACCACGUUCUCAGGCUUAACUUUCUUCUUUCAAAUAUCUAAAUUUUUUUAUGGCCAAAUGCUUAAAUCUUGGUUUUAAGGUCACGGGAAUGAUUCCAAAAUUUAAGAUUUUUAAUUAAAGUUUAUUUUCAUUGCUCUUUGCAGAAUGGCCUCCUUCCUCUAUGAACAGCAUUUAAUCCAGUAUUGGAACAUUGGUUUGAACUGGUUUACCAUCUGCAGCUUCUUCACAUGGUUUUUAGCUUUUGUUUUGGGGAUACUUUCAUAUCUAUGGGAAACAGAACCCAUUUCCUCCCUGAAAGGUGUGAGGGCAUGCAGUGGUUAGAAUAGAUUAUUUAAGGAAACAUCUGCACAAAUUGUUCCAAAGGAUAAACCUGACCUGUGGAGUUCUGCAAUUCUCUCUUUAAUAUCAGAUUUAAAUAUUUUUUAUUUUCUACUAUUUUUUUCCAGAAGGAGGUAGAUUGAAGUGUCUUUAAAUUAGCUUCACACAGGUGCCGCCAUUUAACUCUAAUGAGAUAAAUUUAGCUAUUCGAAGUUCACAUAUGAUUAAUUGGCCUUUCUCAAAAGGUUUACAUUUUACAUCUUAUAAACAAUGUCAUGUCUUUUUAUGCAGCUUAUGUACAUAUCUCGUUUCAGCCAAACAUCAAGGUGUAUCAUUUGACCUGUGCCAGCUUUUUAAAAUUGUUCUGUUCCCUCUAAUUGCAUACAAUGUUUUUGAAAUAAAUAUUGACCAAUCCUCAAUAAAGCUUCUUCAGUUGAGUCCCUGAGUGGUAAAAGCUAAAUAAGUGAAUUAUUAUUAUUUUUUUUUUAAGCUCCAUCAGGUUGGUUUUUCCUCAGUUGAACAUUUUCUUCACAUUAUAAUAUGAGAGAUGUCUGUGCUGUCAUUUUGGCAAUAAUUUCUGCAAUUUACAGUGAUUGGGGAAAAAAACAAAAAAAAAACAAAUUACAGAAUGCUUUGCAGUGAGAAUAAAUCCCACCUAAACGCACUUCCUGCCUGGAGAAGGCUCCGGUAAAUAGUUGGCAUGCAAAAACAACGGCGAAAAAUCAAUGAAUUUAAAUUGCCUGUUUAUAACCCUUUGGUUUUUAUAAGUGUGUGUUUGUUG